AUGGCCUCGUUUCUGGAAAAUGCGUACAGCCUGGUCCAUAUGGACAAUGCUGCUGAUCAGCCCUCGUUGCAGGAGCUGAAAUUGCAGUUGGAGAAGGGCAACGAUGAGACCAAGUUGGAGACAAUGAGGAGGAUCAUUACGAUUAUGCUCAAUGGAGACCCAAUGCCUCAGUUGUUGAUGCACAUUAUCCGUUUUGUUAUGCCGUCAAAGAGCAAGCCCCUCAAGAAACUCUUAUACUUUUACUAUGAGAUCUGUCCGAAGCACGACUCAAAUGGCAAGCUCAAGCAGGAGAUGAUCCUGGUGUGCAAUGGCAUCCGCAACGAUCUUCAGCAUGCCAACGAGUACGUCCGAGGCAACACACUGCGAUUCCUCUGCAAGCUCCGAGAACCGGAACUCAUUGAACCUCUCCUUUCGUCCGCACGCUCAUGUCUCGAUCACCGACACGCAUAUGUUAGGAAGAGCGCAGUCUGGGCUAUCUCAUCUAUCUUCCAGCAUUCUGAAUCGCUCAUCCCAGAUGCACCAGAACUUAUCCAGGCAUUCCUCGAAUCAGAAUCCGAUGGCACCUGCAAGCGCAAUGCAUUCGCCGCUCUGAUGUCCAUUAGUCACCAGAAGGCUUUGGAGUACCUGGCUUCCACUUUCGACAGCAUCCCGAAUACAGACGAAUUACUUCAACUUGCAGAGCUUGAGUUCAUCAGGAAGGAUGCGGUGCAAAACUCUCAGAACAAGGCGAGAUAUCUGCGGUUGAUCUUCGAUUUGCUAGAUGCGUCGACGAGUACUGUAGUAUACGAAGCUGCCACUUCCCUUACAGCACUCACAAGCAACCCCGUGGCAGUAAAAGCUGCCGCUGGCAAGCUGAUCGAGUUGAGCAUCAAGGAAGCCGAUAACAACGUCAAACUGAUCGUCCUUGACCGGGUGGACCAAUUACGAAUUCGCAACGAGGGUGUCCUAGACGACCUGACAAUGGAAAUCCUCCGAGUGCUUUCUAGCCCUGAUAUUGAUGUUCGACGAAAGGCCCUUGGCAUCGCUUUGGAGAUGGUCUCCAGCAAGAAUGUGGAGGAAAUUGUGAUGCUCCUCAAGAAAGAGCUUGCCAAGACUGUCGAUGAACAAUAUGAGAAGGUAGGCUGA